AAUCGUGGAGACUGGUUCGCAGAAAGGCAAGAAAAAAGCUCGCCGAUUCAUAUGGAUUCACAUAUGUCAUUCGGGAAAGUACAGAUGACACUUCUUCCUAAAUAUAUAACUUCAUAAAUGUAAUAUAUAAUAAAUAUAUGUAUAAUUAAUAAAUACAUACUCUAUAAAUAAGUUGAAUGUCAUCACGGUGUAUAAUAAUAUGUUUUUGUUUCAGAAAUCAACAACUGCUCGAACAUACUGGCGCUGCACUGUCAGAAACAAGACGACCACAUGUCCUGCAUCAGUUAUCCAGUUUGGGAAAACACCGCCACUGUCAUCCACCCCAACAUGGCCAGUUGACAGCAAUCAGAGUGAGAGUGGAGGCAAAGGAAAAAGCUGUGGGUGAUAUCUACAAGUCGGGCGCCAGCAUUGUAGAGGAAGCUCAACAGAAACAUAUCAACCCUGACAAGCCUGGUGGUCGACAGAACCAAGCUACCCUAAUACGGAUGGCCAACCGUACGAGGGAGCUUCUACGUCCGAAGGAACCUAGGUCCUUAGACUUUGAGUUGGAUGAAAACUUCCUGCCCUGAAGACUUCUUUCGUUGUGACGUGGGAAACAAAGGCGAGAGGCAUCUAGUGUUUGCCACUGACCGGCAACUACAACACUAAGUCUUAAGUACGAGUAGGCAGUGGUUCAUGGACGGUACUUUAAAGAUUGUCAAAAAGCCGUUCCAUCGACUACUGACUAUUCAUUCUUUUGUGCGUUCA